UUUUCGCCGCCAUUGUUUUUCAGCUGAGCCGUCAAAAGCUGUUACUUUAUUUUAACAGACAAGAUCAUACAAUUAAGUUUUAAAACAUAAUAAUAAUAAUAAUAAUAAUAAUAAUUCAUUUAAUUUAUAGUGCACUAUUCUAACAUGUCAGAAAAGUCAAUACAGCAGUGGACCACCGACGAAUCCGAUAUGCUUAUAGCGAUUUGGACAUCAUCUGAAAUACAGGAUAAAUUGCAUAAGGCCGUUAGAAAAAACAAAAUUUAUGAGGAAAUACGGAGAGAGUUGGAGAUUGGGGGGUUUAAACAAACGACAGACCAAAUAACGAAUAAAUUAAAAAAAAUAAAGAAAGACUACAGAGACUACAAGGCAGAGUCAUCUAGAAGUGGUGCUGGACGGAUCAGGACCGGUCUUAAUAUACAGCUCCUGGAUAAUGUUUUGGGCCGGCGACCAGCAAACGACUUAAACGGAGCUUUGAAUUCAGCGACGGCUACCCAGAUGCUGGAAAAUAUGUGUGGCGCCUCCUCAUAUGAACAAGAAGACGUCGAAAACGGAGACGGAGACGAGUCAGUGGCAUCCCCCUCCGGAAAUGAAAAUGACCCAGAACCCCCUCCACCAUCAACAAGUGCUCAGGCAAACACUGGAAGAAGGGGAAAAAGGAAGUCCCAGCAGCAGGACCUACUGCAGUAUAUGGAACGAGCGGAUGAAAAGUUCCUUGAACACAGCCAGAGGCUAACAGACUCAUUUUUAAAUAGAAUGGAGAGCACCAGCAACAAUUUAUUGGGCCUCCUGGGAAGAAUUGUAACUGCAAUUGAAAAGGAACAGUAACAUUCUCACACACACACACACAUAAACUAUUUCUUAUACACAAAUAUUUACUAC